AUGGCAUUGCGUGAUCAGGCUUUGAAGAAAAUUGGGGAUAUUACGGCGACCGGGGCCUCAUGUGAUGACGAGUGGCUGUACUCGUCGAAGCUGAAGAGUUGCUACAAGCUAAUCGGCGAUUUCAAUGGUUUCACCUGGGAGACAGCUCGAAAUGAUUGCAUGUCUUUAGGCAGUGAUUUGGCAUCAAUUCACUCUGCUGAAGAACAUCGCGUCGUUGUUGGCCUUGCCGAUACCUAUGUGCAAUUGAUGGCCGAUGGCGUGAUGUUCACAAAAGCUGCGACAUGGAUUGGAGGAAGAAGGACAGGUCCAAACCGCACCGAUUUUGCCUGGUCUAACGGUAGCCCCUUCGACUUUACAAACUGGGCCGGAGGGCAGCCGGACAACUACGGCGGUGAUCAGAAUUACGUUCAGAUCAUCACCACCGUGGUCCCAGGCCACUUCGCACCGACCGACGUUUGGUUGAAUCGCUGGGAUGAUACG